AUGGACUACUCCAACUACGCCCCUCACGCAUCCCAGCCCUACUCAACGCUAUACGGGCUGCCUACUCCCGACCAGCCGCCACAGGCGCCCUCCGAAGAUGUCCUCCACGACCCAUUUGCACUGAAUGGCGCUUACAAUCAGUAUUAUCCGGGGUUCGACCCCUCUUUCCGCCUUGACCCCUCCUCGACCUUCGGUCCGCCGCCCCAUUCGCCCCCGGACUCGUUCACGAAGCACUCGGUAUCGAGCAAUGAUGUGCAUAAUAGCACCAAGCCAGAGCCUACAUCCAUUGAUGGGGAUGAUAGCCAAUACCGUGAUCCGGCCGGGCGCAGUAGCAGCGAGGAAAAGGACUCGGCGAUGCCAGCGCAAAGUAAGCGCAAGGCUCAAAAUCGGGCAGCUCAGCGAGCCUUCCGCGAGCGAAAAGAGCGCCAUGUCAGGGACCUUGAAGACAAAGUGAACAAUCUCGAACAGUCAUCUUCGACCCUCCAAGCCGACAACGAGCGCUUGAAGCGUGAACUCGCCAAAUACGCAACCGAAAAUGAGAUCCUCCGUGCGACCUCACACUCUCUGCAUGGCAAUAGCGGUGCCAAAGAAGCCCCUGCACCAACCGUCACAGGGCCAAUGACAUACUCUCCAACAGACUUCUACUCGACCUUAAUGCCCGAGGCUGCCGGUCCUACUGGCCCGACUCCAACGGGCCAACACCGCGUUACAGUGUGCGCGAUUACCGGCGAGAGACUCCUUGACGCUAGCGCGACGUGGGACCUGAUUCAAAGCCACGAGUUGUUCAAACGAGGACAGGUCAAUAUCGGCGAUGUCGCUGAGCGGCUGAAGGGCUCGGCCCAGUGCAAUGGGCAAGGCCCUGCUUUCAAGGAAAGUCAGAUUCUGAAGGCUAUCGAGGAGAGUGUUGCUGAUCGCGAUGAGCUGAUCUAA